CAGCCGAAAAAUCAGAAUGAGAAACAAAUAUGCUAAUUGGAUUUUGAGCUUCAGCUUCCGCUGUCUCCUCAAACUCACAACAGGAAGAACAAAAGACAAAACUCCUCCCUCAACUCUGCCUUGCACCAGAACAACAACGCCUCCUGAAUUCCCACUCUCCAGGUUUCGUUUGGUUUGCACUACAACCCCAUGACUUCUUCUGUCCACGAUUAUUCUGAUAAUGGUGAGGCUGAUGAGCAGCAAAAGUACUCAGAAUCUCAGAAUCAUUCUUUAUCUGUCAUAAAUGGACUGAAUCAACCCAGCAUCCCAACCCCAAAUCAGUAUGUAACACCUCCACAAGUUGGCGCAGGACAUGCUAUGGCACCCCCAGCUUAUCCAUAUCCAGAUCCUUACUACAGAAGCAUCUUCACUCCCUAUGAUGCUCAACCAUAUCCUCCACAGCCCUAUGGUGGGCAACCUAUGGUCCAUCUUCAACUAAUGGGAAUUCAGCAAGCUGGGGUUCCUUUGCCAACAGAUGCAGUUGAGGAGCCUGUUUUUGUGAAUGCUAAACAGUAUCAUGGCAUUUUACGACGUCGACAGUCCCGUGCAAAAGCUGAAUCAGAAAAUAAAGCUUUGAAGUCUAGGAAGCCAUACUUGCAUGAAUCUCGACAUUUGCAUGCAUUGAGGAGAGCUAGAGGUUGUGGUGGACGGUUUCUCAAAUCAAAUAAAAAAGAAAAUCAACAAAAUGAAGUGGCAUCAGGUGGUAAAUCUCAGCCCAAUAUAAAUCUGAAUUCUGAUAAAAGUGAUCUUGCUUCUUCAGAGAACUGAUGUAUGGGAGAUUGUUGAUGAAAGGUGAAUGACGCUUGUCAACAAUUAUAAGGAAAUUGAGGUCUCAAUACCAGCUUUGGUUGUCUUAGUAUUACUUCACUCAGUCUAUACUAGCAGCAUUGUAGCAUAUAGGUUUCAGUAGCACAUGUUACUUAGGGAGGAUCCAGAAUGUAGCAGGCAAAAUUAUGCUAGAUUUUAUACCAUCUCAAAUACUGAAGUGAGUAAGCCGAUUGUUCUGUUUGAAUGGUUGCAUUAGGUUGGCAAAUAUUAGAUUCACUGUUUUGUAGUAUUAGUGCUAUUUACGUUGCUCCCCACCUAAAAAAUAAGUUAAAUGGUUGAAUUGAAAUGAUGGAACUAGUAAUGUAACAUAUUGAUCCUAGCAGUAUUUUCUUUUAUUUUCCUUUUUCUUUUGUGUGUUUUGAAAUGGCAGUGUUCUAGCUUUUGCUGAGAGAAAAGGUAAACACUUUUCCUUGGCCAAUUUAGUUGUAAGGAUCCCCAUCAACAUAUUAGCUGAAAAAGACAACAAAAUCCGUUUCAAAGAGCAGCCGUACACUCAAAUUCCCCAAUUUUGAAGCCUAGUAUUUGAAAUAGCUGCAACAGAUUGGCACAGUACAUAUUAAAGCUGAUCUACCUGAAACUUUUGUGGGAAGCAUUUUAAUGGAAGGAAAGGAGAUGGGGCGACGAGAUGGUCAGGUCUGGGUUGUAUUGAAUGUACAAAAAGAAUAAACAUUCGUAGUGUUUGGUCGUGUUCUAGGAAUAAAAGGAGUGUAGGCAAGUUGAUAAAGCAUCUCGAUAUCAAUCUUCAAAAUUACAGCAGAAAAUAAUAGAUUCAACCUUCUACUGCUGGAUAUUUUGAACCUGUAAAUAACGAGACAGUGAUGACCACACAGUAGUGUGCAACUGUAUUAUAACUUCUCCAACAACUUCUGUUUACUAAACACUGCAGGGAACUACCCGGAACAUCUUUUGGGACAGGUGUGCCAACUUUGUCCAUAUCUUGCUCUAUUUUUCAUGUUGUAAUAUAUCCUACGCUUCAUUCAAGCUAGGUUGCUUCUACUAUGUAUCUUUCACUUGAGCUAAGGGAAUUUAGAACUUGCAUUCCCAUUCUUUGGUUUCAUCAAACUUUAUCUCAUUUCCUUCAA